AUGCCCGAACCUCCGCCGAUCGAGGCCUUCGAAGCGACCUGGAAAUACAGACCGGUAAAGGAGGACACUCUCAGCGCUCAGCAGACAGUCAUGCCUGCCUUCACGAUUCAGAUUGUGGGAGACAUGGAGCAGGGCCCGCCACCCCGACCCGGACACAACCCGGGUGCCGUCCAAAAGGUUCCCGAAGCCUACGAUCGCACCACGACGUACGACAGCAAGUCGAUGUUCACCGCCAUGUCCACCGGGUCCUUCGAGGGUCAGGACCCGUUCAACCGCACGCAGCAAGGAAGCGGCAUGCUGGAAUCGACCGAAGGCCUGUAUGUGUGCAGCAAGCGGUGCUACAAGCUCAGUGUGCCCACGCUGCAGUGGACUCGCGUGGCGGACCUGAAGACAGAGCGAGCCCACCACGGGCUCGUACUGCUCCCGGGACGGAUCCUGGUCUUCGGCGGACUCACCUUGGGCCGGAACAUGGAGUACUACGACAUAAAGAGGAACAAGUGGACCAAGAUGAAGAGCAGCCUGCCCCAGGCCACGAUGGCCAUGGGCGCAGCGCUGUUCCGCUCUCUGGUUUGGAUUGCCGGCGGCGUGGUGGACAGCGGGUCCAACAAUUUGGACUGCUCGUCCGCCGUUCAAUGCUACAACCCGGAGACCAAAGCCUGGACGUUCAUGGCGCCCACGCUGCCGACGUCCUGCGGCUACCUGAGCCUGGUGAGCGACGGCUCGUCGCUGCUGGCCGUCGGGGGCUCCGUGUCCCUGGACCAGCUACAGCUCGGCAGCGUCCCGGACGUGCACGCACUGUCGGCGGACCAGCGGACCUGGGAGCCCAUGCCCUUCCUGCCUCGACCAUGCCACAGCUCCGCGGCCGUUGCUUUCGGGGCGAACCUGUACGUGUUCGGGGGCAUCAGCAACGGCAACGUGCUGGCCGACGUGCAAGUGCUCCAGAAGGGCCGCUGGACGACCUGUGCACACCUGCAGGCCACCUUGCUCGGGCUAAGCGCGGUGGCGCUGCCUCCUGCACACGCGACGCCGCCUGAACUCGACCCGCUGGACAAAGGUCGCAGGGACGACGACCUCAUCGUCUGGAGCUGGCACAACCUCUGA